AUGAAGAAACAGGUGGGUCCUCCUAGAGACCUGGUCACCAGAGAUGUAACCGACUCCAGCUUCGCCGUGUCCUGGACAGCGGCUCCAGGAAACGUCAAGAUGUACCAAGUUCGAUGGAAGUCUCUGUUUUCCGACGAGUCCGGCGAGAGAAAAGCGUCCCUGGACACCAGACGGACAGUGUUGGACGGUCUGAGCCCCGAGACGCUUUACCAGGUUUCUGUCGUCGCCGCCUACGGUUACAAAGACAGCGACGCCCUGACCGGACAGGAAACCACUGACGCGUCCGCCGCCGCUAAACAGCUGACGGUCUCGGACGAGACUGAGCGAACCAUGAAAGUCACAUGGACGCCAGCUCCGGGCAAAGUGCUCAACUACCGGCUGAAGUACGUCCCGGCCGGCGGCGGUAAAGAGGUGGCGCUGAAGAUCCCGGCGACGCUCAGCUCCACCGUCAUGAAGCGCCUGCAGCCCAUGACCACCUACGACAUCACCGUCCACCCCAUCUACAAACGAGGGGAAGGCAAAGCAAGGCAAGGAGUAGGAACGACACUGUCGCCCUACAAGUCCCCACGGAACCUCCAGACCUCCGAACCCACCAAAUCCAGUUUCAGAGUCUCCUGGGACCCGGCGCCCGGACACGUCAAGGGCUACAAAGUGACCUUUCACCCCAUUGGAAACGAUGUGGACCUGGGGGAGCUUCUGGUCGGCCCCCAUGACAACACGGUGGUUCUGGAGGAGCUCAAGGCUGAAACUAAAUAUUCUGUGGCCGUGUUUGGGAUGUUUGACGGAGGGGAGAGUUUACCUCUGGCAGGAGAAGAGAGGACCACCCUGUCCGACGCCCCCGACCCACCUCCUAUCGGCUCCUCUGACACUCAGUGUAAGACCACCGCCAAGGCCGACAUGGUGCUGCUGGUCGACGGCUCCUGGAGCAUCGGACGCAUCAACUUCAAAACCAUCCGCAACUUCAUCGCGCGGAUGGUCAGCGUGUUCGACAUCGGCCCCGACAGAGUCCAGAUCGGUCUGGCUCAGUACAGCGGCGACCCAAAGACCGAGUGGCACCUGAACGCCCACCCGACCAAAGCGUCGCUGCUGAACGCCGUGGCCAACCUGCCGUACAAAGGAGGAAACACCAUGACAGGAUAUGCUCUGAACUACAUCCUGCAGAAUAACUUCAAACCCAACGUGGGAUUGCGUGAAGACUCCCGUAAAAUCGGAGUCCUGAUCACUGACGGAAAGUCUCAAGAUGAAAUUGUCUUCAGCUCGCAGAAUCUGAGAGACAGCGGCAUUGAACUCUACGCUAUCGGUGUGAAAAACGCAGACGAGAAUGAGCUGAGGUCGAUCGCCUCCGACCCCGACGAUAUUCACAUGUACAACGUCAACGACUUCCAGUUCCUGUUGGACAUCGUGGACGACCUCACUGUCAACCUGUGCAACAGCGUCAAAGGCCCCGGCGGUGGACCGGAGACCGCCAGCGACCUGGUGACCUCCGAGGUGACCCCCUACUCCUUCAGGGCCAGUUGGACGCCCCCCGACGGCCCCGUGGAGAAGUACCGCCUCACCUACAUGAUCGCCAGCGGAGGACCCCUGAAUGAGGUUCUGGUGGACGGGGAGGUUCCCACCAUCGUCCUGGAGAAGCUGGACCCACUGACCCAGUACGUGGUCAACGUUUACUCCCUGAUCGGAGAGGAGAGCAGCGAACCCCUGACGGGCACCGAGACCACCCUGCCGUUGGCUGCACCGACGAACAUGAACGUUUACGAUGAGACGAUGAGCACCAUGAGGGUGAGCUGGGAAACGGCAGAAGGAGCCACCGGAUACAUGAUAUUGUACCGACCGAUCAACGGCACCGAGCCCAAGGACGACAAAGAGGUACGCGUCGGACCGGUUAAUAAUGUCCAACUGGUGCAGCUGACGCCCAACACGGCCUACAACAUCCGCCUGUACGCCCUGCACGGAGAGUCCACCAGCCUGCCCCUGGAGGGGACGGGGGUCACAUUGCCCAUGCCUCCAGCUGGAGAACUGAGGAUCACUGACGUUACUCACUCCACCAUGAAACUGAACUGGGACGCCGCUCCAGGAGCAGUCCGCAAGUACCUGGUCACCUACAAACCAGAGGAAGGAGACCUGAAAGAGGUGGAGGUGAACGGUGACAUCACCACCCUGGAUCUGUCCGGACUCAUCUCCCAGACCGAGUACGACGUGGCCGUCACCCCCGUCUACGACGAAGGCCCCGGAUCCCCGAUGCUGGGCAGCGCCAUCACAGAUGUCGUUCCUGCUCCGAAGAACCUUCGUUUCUCUGAGGUCGGUCAGACGUCGUUCAGAGCCACAUGGGAACACGGAGCUCCGGACGUGGCCCUGUACCGUCUGGGAUGGACCAAGAGGGGCGACAGCGAAGCCAAAUUUGCCAUUCUGAAUAACGAUGAAACCACCCACCUCCUGGAGGAUUUGGACCCCGACACCGAGUACACCGUCACCGUCACCGCCAUCUACCCGGACGAGUCGGAGAGCGAGGACCUGAUGGGGAACGAGCGCACACUGUUGAAGGCUCGAGUGCGUCCUGAUCCUCCUCAAAACCUGCGUGUUUAUAACGCCACCAUCACCACGCUCAGCGUCAAAUGGGACCCGGCGCCCGGAAAAGUCCAGAACUACAGGGUCACGUAUCAGCCGCUCGCUGGAGGAGAGCCCAACACAUUGCAGGUCGGAGGCAAAAAGACCAACAUCAUCCUGCAGAAACUUCAGCCUGAUACUCCGUACUCCAUCAGCGUGGCCGCCGUGUUUCCCACCACCGUCAGCAAAGACCUCAACGGCCAAGGACGAACCAAGCCUCUGGGCGGAGUCAGGAACCUGCAGGUGUUGAACCCGACCAUGACCACCCUGAACGUCCGCUGGGAGCCCGCCGAGGGCCGAGUGAGAGAGUACAAAGUCAUAUACGCUCCUGCCGCCGGAGGACCCGAGAACAUGGAUCUAGUGUCAGGAGGCAACACCAGCACUGUGCUGACAGGCCUGACACCUGACACCGUCUACAACGUUUCACUGGUGCCUGUUUAUGAGGAAGGAGAUGGAAUGACAAUGUCUGAAAAUGGAAAGACAAAACCUCGGGUCGGGGUGAAGAACCUGCAGGUGUUGAACCCCACCAUGACCACCCUGAACGUGCGCUGGGAGCCCGCCGAGGGCCGAGUGAGGGAGUACAAAGUCAUAUAUGCUCCUGCUGCCGGAGGAGCCCAGAGCAUGGAAAAAGUAUCAGCAGGAACCACCAAUACCGUUUUGAGAGGCCUGACCCCCGACACCCUUUACACUGUUUCACUGGUUCCUGUUUACACUGAAGGAGACGGAAAGACCAUGUCUGAAAACGGAAAGACAAGGCCUCUGGGCGGAGUCAAGAACCUGAGGGUGACCGACCCCACCAUGACCUCUCUGAAUGUGAACUGGGACGCAGCAGACGGCGCCGUCCGACUCUACAAAGUCUUCUACGUCCCAGCAGCUGGAGGCCGAGAGGAGAUGGAGCAGGUUCCCGCCGGCACCACCUCCAUCGUCCUCAGGAACUUGUCUCCGGACACUCCGUACACGGUGUCGGUGUUACCGGUGUACCCCGCCAGAGAGGGAAAACGCCAGUCAGAGAACGGAAAGACGUUGCCUUUGGGUGGAGUAGGCAACAUGAAGGUCACCAACCCGACCAUCACCACGCUCACCGUAUCCUGGAGUCCAGCCGACGGCAACGUUCAGGGCUACAAGGUCAUCUACGUCCCAGCUGAUGGAGGCAUGGAGAUAGUGGAACAAGUGUCAGAAAGCACCACCAAAACCAUCCUGGACAAACUCCUCCCCGACACCCGCUACAGCAUCACCGUGGUCCCGGUUUACGCCGAAGGAGACGGACCGAGCCUGUCCGACACCGGAAAGACCCGUCCGCUGGGCUUCGUCAGGAACCUGCAGGUCACCGACCCCACCACCAGUACACUCAACGUCCGCUGGGAGCCCGCCGAAGGCAGCGUCCGAGAGUACAUCGUCAUCUGGGUACCGACGGCAGGAGGAGAACAGGACGUGGACCAGGUCUCUGGAACCACCACCUCCACCGUCCUGAAGAACCUGGAGUCUGACACUGAGUACACCGUUACCGUGGUACCGGUUUACCCUGAGAUGGAGGGGAAGUCCAUGUCUGAGAACGGAAAGACCAAUCCUUUGGGCGGAGUCAAGAACCUGCAGGUGGUCGACCCCACCAUCAGCACGCUGACGGCGCGAUGGGAACCGGCCGUCGGAAACGUACGAAGCUACAAGGUUUUCUACACGGCCGAGCCGGGAGGAGAGCAGCAAAUGGAGGAGGUUUCAGGAGGAACCACCAGCACCGUCCUGAGGAACCUGCAGUCUGACACCGUCUACAACGUGGCCGUUGUUCCCGUCUACCCCGACGUGGAGGGAAUCCGCCAGGAGGAGAAGGGCAAGACAAAACCCUCUGGGCGGAGUCAAGAACCUGAGGGUGAUCGACCCGACCAUCAACUCCCUCAGGGUUCGAUGGGAACCGGCCGAAGGCGAACGUCCGACAAUAUAAAAUCCUCUACGUUCUGCUGCCGGGGGAACCGAGAGUGUGACUCAGGUUUCGGGGAUGACGACCAACACGGUGCUGAGAGACCUGAAACCAGACACCGAGUACAAAGUGACACUGGUACCAGUUUACACCGACGUGGAGGGAAAACCCAUGACUGAGAACGGAAAGACAAAGGCUCUGGGCGGAGUUAAGAACCUGCAGGUCACAGAUCCAACCACCAGCUCCCUGAAGGUUCGAUGGGAACCAGCGGAGGGAAACGUCCGCCAGUACAGACUGUUCUAUGUCCCUGCAGCCGGAGG